AUGGAUAAAGAAUUUUAAUGUUGUUAAUGUUAACAUGAGUUUAAUUUACAGGAUAGAAGUCCCCAUGUUCUUCCAUCCUGUGGCCAUUCAAUAUGUUAGUUAUGUGUGACAUAAUAUUUUUAAUCACAAUUGAAGCUGGUUUGCAAUGAAGAUAAGUAAAUUGAAUCACAAAUUAAAUUAAGCAUCGAAUGCCAAGUUGACAAAGAAUUAAAAUUCUUUCCUAUUAAUCAGAGCAUUAUUGUCUUACUGAAAAAGAAGAGAACUGUUCAUAAAUGCCAUACUUAUGUAACUCCAGAGGAUGCAAUUCCUCGAAUUUCAGCUUAGGAUGUUAGUGAAUUUUCAGGUGAUGGUCAUCAAAAUUUUCAACUAAGUAAGAACAUGUCUCAAUCACAUUCAUUUGAAUAAUUGCCAUAAAAAGAUAAUUAAGGAGAUUAAUGUUCCAUUCACUUAAAACCAUUAGAAUUAGUUUGUUAAGAAGAUGGCGAAUAUAUUUGUGUUAAUUGUGCUUUAUUCGGAAAUCAUAAGUUUCACAAUUAUAAACCCAUUGAUGACUAUGUGAAGGAGAUGGAAUAAACAUUUUAUGAUAUAACAACAAUGUAUGAAGUUGUAAAAUAAAUGAGAACCAAAAUCGAACAAAAGGCAUACUCUGAAGAAUUUGAAUUUAAGUUACUAUAAUCAAAGGAUGCUAAAUUGUUAUCAAUAGAUAUAAAGUUUAAUGAAUUAUUUGAUGAAUUAAAUUUAAUAAAAGAAGAAAUUAAAUCAAGAAUUUCAAAUAAUUACAACUUAUAAUAUGAUGAUAACAAAAGAAAAAUAGAGUUAGAAUUUGCUUAACUAAUAAAUCAGGCAAAUAAAUGGCUUUAAUUAACAGGAAAUAAAUUAAACGAUUUCUUUGUUGAAAAAUGUCAAAAUCAAAAAUUAAAAAUGGAUGCAAAAGAGUUAUGUAAUAGUAAAGAACAUGGUUCCGAAUUGAUUAAUAAAAUAUAACUCUAAUUUUCUUAAAUUGAUUCUCAAGUCAAGUUUAUAGCUGAUUAACAAAAAUUCUAAAUUCCAAUUGAGUACAUUAAAAACUAAUUUUCCCAUUAAAAUAAACAACUUGACUAAUUAUUAUUAGAUAAAGAUGAUAAAUUAACAGAUUCAGAUAUCAUUUAUCAAGAUAUCAAUGAUGAAAAGUUGACAUAAUCAAUGUAUAUUUCAUAAUAGCCAACUUAACCUGCAUCUCCACAAUAUAAUGUCGGUAAAACUAAUUAUUUCAGCCAUACCUUUACACCAGGAUAAUUCUAAAGAAAAGAUAGAAGUGUAACAAUGUUAUAAACAGAACCCUCAGAAGUAUCUGCACCAAACACUAACAGAAAUAAAUUAUCAUCAUCCAAAUUUGUUAAAGUCUAAAAAUUUAAUAAGGACCCAAAACUAAAUGAUAAAAUUCUUAAUACUCUUGCCAUGUUCGAAAAAUUCGAAAUGAUUGAUUUCUCUACUCUUGGUAAUAAUUAAAAUAUCUUAGAAAUGAAUGAAUUGUUGAUUUAAGCUAUCAAUGAAGCAUUAAAAAAUAAAAAAAUUGUCAAAGUCUUAAAAUUGAACAAAUGUAAAUUAACUGAUGACCUUUUUGCCAAGUUAAUCUAAGUCAUCGAAGAAUCUAGGUAUUGAGGUUAAGUAUAUUUUAAAGUGUUACAGCAUUACAUCUCCAAUCCAACACAUUAACUGAAAAAGCAUUAGACUAAAUAUUAAAUAUUGCCAAAUUAAAAAAGCAUUUAGAAUGCAAAUAAAUAUAUUUGAAUGGAAAUGCCAGUAUCACCUAAGGGAAAUCUAGAAAAAAAAUUGAAGAAAUUAAAAAGUAUGGUAUCUAUGUGAGUAUUUGA